GCACUUCCGGUGGGGAGGCUGCUGCUGCUGCCGCUGACUUGGUGCGGCUCUUCUGUCAGUGGCGCUCGGCAGAAGGCGCAGUCCGGCUGGGAGGAUGACUUCCGCCCGCACACUGUUGCGCCUCUUUGGAUCCCUGGAGAUGUCAGCUCGGGCUUUGCCUCCGUCUUAGAGGAAAAGUGUUUUCUCCAUUCCUGCGGCCGUGUCACAAACUGUCAGCUGGAAAAAGCCUCAGAAGUUUGCUCGUCUUUCACUGGGUCUGUUAGGAGACCUGUUGGAGGUCCACCGGGUCUGUUAGGAGACCUGCUGGGAGGUCCACCAGGUCUGUUAGGAGACCUGUUAGGAGGUCCAUCAGGAGUUCUGUUAGGAGACCUGUUAGGGGGUCCAUCAGAGUCGGGACCUGGGAGCAUGGCCUACACUCUGGGCUCGUCCCCGGCCGGCCAGCCGCGCGGCGUGGGGCCGCAGCACUGCGUGACCCGGGUGGAGCUGUCCGUCACCGCCAGCAGCCUGCUGGACCGAGACGUGGCCUCCAAGUCGGACCCGUUCUGCGUCCUCUUCCACGAGGUGGACGGAAACUGGGUGGAGCUGGGACGCACUGAGACGGCCGUCAACAACCUGAACCCGGUGUUCGGGGUAAAGUUCCAGGUGGACUACCAUUUCGAAGAGGUCCAGAAGCUGCGCUUCGCCCUGUUCGAUGAAGACAAGUGCGCCUCGCAGCUCUACGAGCACGACUUCCUGGGAGAGUUCAUCUGCACACUGGGACUGAUUGUGUCCAAUAAGAAGCUAGACAGACCAUUGAUCUUAGCCAAUGGGAAGCCAGCUGGAAAAGGCUCCAUCACGAUAACAGCGCAGGAGUUGUCUGACAACAGAAUCAUCACUCUGACCCUGAGUGGGCGUAAACUGGAUAAGAAGGACUUCUUUGGUAAAUCCGACCCGUACCUGGAGUUCCACAAACAGGGAGAGGACGGUAAAUGGAUGCUGGUGCACAGGACGGAGGUCAUAAAGAACACGUUAGACCCGGCGUGGAGACCCUUCACCGUGCCGCUCAUCUCCCUCUGCAACGGAGACGUGGAGCGAAAUAUCAAGGUGCUGUGCUACGAUUACGAUAACGACGGCGGCCACGACUUCAUCGGAGAGUUCCAGACCACAGUUUCCAAGAUGAGUGAAGCCCAGAACUCGGUGGAGGUAAAACCCCUCCGCCGCUGUUUGUUGUUGUUUGUUUCCGGGUCGUCUGGGAUCGAACUCCAGUUCCACCAGUUAAACCAGAGCGUUCCUGUAGCGCCUCAGACCUCUUUGGCGCGUCUCAAAGACACCUUCAUCCAGCGGUGGCCGCCCACUGUUGGCUGCUCCAAAAAGCCUGGGGGGGGGGGGGGGCGCGUCCUUCACGCCAAGGUGGAGUUCGACUGCAUCAAUCCCAAGAAACAGAAGAAGAAGAAGAGCUACAAGAACUCUGGAGUCAUCGUCCUCAAGUCCUGCAAGAUUACACGGGACUACACCUUCCUGGAUUAUAUUCUUGGAGGAUGUCAGCUCAUGUUUACAGUUGGUAUCGACUUCACAGCGUCCAAUGGGAACCCUCGAGAGCCGUCGUCCCUGCACUACAUCAACCCUCUGGGCAGCAACGAGUACCUCUCUGCCAUUCUGGCUGUUGGACAAAUCAUACAGGACUAUGACACCGACAAAAUGUUUCCCGCUCUGGGAUUCGGAGCCCAACUCCCACCCGACUGGAAGGUGUCGCAUGAGUUUGCCAUCAACUUUAACCCCACCAACCCGUUCUGUUCAGGGGUGGAGGGCAUCGCCCAGGCCUACUCCGCCUGCCUCCCUCACAUUCGCUUCUACGGCCCCACCAACUUUUCUCCGAUCAUCAGCCACCAGUACUUCACCCUCCUCAUCAUCACCGACGGCGUCAUCAGCGACAUGGACGAGACGCGCGACGCCAUCGUCCAGGCCUCCAAGCUGCCCAUGUCCAUCAUCAUCAUCGGCGUGGGGAACGCCGACUUUGCCGCCAUGGAGUUCCUGGACGGAGACGCCAGCGUCCUGCGCUCCAGCGCGGGGGAGGAGGCCGUCCGGGACAUCGUGCAGUUCGUCCCCUUCAGGGAUUUCCGCAAUGCCCCCAAGGAGACGCUUGCCAAGUCGGUGUUGGCUGAGCUGCCCCAGCAGGUCACUCAGUACUUUAAGCAGAGGAAUCUGCCGCCCAUUAACCCGGCGCCGGAGUGAGCCCCCCCGGGGCUCCACGCGCUGUACAGAAGCUUCACCGGCUCCUCGUCGACGGUAGAGCGGGAGCACAGUGUCUGAGUCAGCCUCCACAAAGAAAAAAGAAGAAAAAAAAAACAGAGGUGGAGCGAAAAAAACAAAGAAAAGAAAAAAAAACACCGUUGCCAUUUUAUGUGUUGAGUUUUCCUGGUCGGCCCCCCAUCUGGAGCCCGGAAAACGCCUCCAUCCCCCAGGAUGCGGCCCCUUUCUCAGACUUUGGCUUUUUUUUGUUGCUUUUCUGCAUGUGUGUGUCUUGUGAUGGAGGCCGUGUGACGCUUACAGCUCCCUCCUGCAGAGACCUGAGUCUGAGGCUGAAUCCCCUCCGGACGUCUGCGACUCCUAUACUGAUGGAGGCAGUUUGCUGGAUUUGGAUGAGAGAGAGGAGCUGCGACACCCGUCCAGUCGGAGGAGAGAGGCGAUGCCGAUGGAGCACAAACACAGGCUGGAUGCCGCCGUCUGCCCCCAGAGCUCUUUAAAAAACCCCAUCUGUUUUUCCUCGACUCCAUCCUGCAUGUUUACCGUUUACAGGCUGAUGCUGACCACCACAAAUGCAUGUUUUUUUUAACUGGGAAAUUAUUGACCGGAUGUAAAUAGUUGAGAAUCUGCUAAAAAUUAAAGUAAAUAUCAGAAAAAGGAAGAAAAACUGGUGAGUUUUGCUGAUCGGAGAAGUUUCAGAUAUGCAUAUAUCGAAUGUAUAUUUCUAUGAUGCUGUUUUAUGUAAUGAUAAAUUAAUGUUUUUGCCAUGUUUAAUGUACUUUCUAUGCGGUGCUGAACAGUGUAAUUAAACUAUUGUGUAUUGAUGUGCAUAUUUGUACCUAAUGUGUCUCUAUUGAUUUUAUAAAAAUGUGUUUAUGUCGACACUUAAUAAAGUGAAUGAAA